AUGGCGGGGCAGCAGGUCUUUGUCGCCCGCGGCCGGCCGGGGCGCGUGCCGGUGCCCCCGCCGCGGCCGUUCCUCUGCACGCUCGGGGCCAGCCUCAAGGAGACGCUAUUCCCGGACAACCCGUUCCGCGCCGUGGCGCGCGAGGUCAGCGGCCGCGGCCGCGCGCUGGCCGUGCUCCGGUACGUGUUUCCGUGCCUGGAGUGGCUGCCAUCGUACUCACUCGGCGCGCUCCAGUCGGACCUCGUCGCCGGCGUCACCGUCACCAGCCUCGCCGUCCCGCAGGGCAUAAGCUACGCCAGGCUCGCCGGCCUCGACCCCGUCGUCGGCCUAUACUCGAGCUUCGUGCCGGCGCUGGUGUACGCGGCGAUGGGGAGCUCGCGGGAGCUGGCCGUGGGGACGAUGGCCGUGGGCUCGCUCCUCUUCGCGUCGAUGCUGGGGGCUACGGCGCCACCGGCGCAGGACCCGGCGCUGUACGCGCGCCUCGCGUUCACGGCCACCUUCUUCGCCGGCGUCUUCCAGGCGGCGCUGGGCGUCCUCCGGCUCGGCUUCCUCGUGGACUUCCUGUCGCACGCGGCGAUCGUCGGGUUCAUGGGCGGCGCGGCGACAGUGGUGUGCCUGCAGCAGCUCAGCGGGUUCCUCGGCCUCCGCCACUUCACCACCGCCACCGACCUCCCAGCCGUCAUGCGCGCCGUCUUCUCGCAGUCGCCCCAGUGGAGAUGGGAACCCUUUGUUCUUGGAUGCUGCCUCCUCCUCUUCCUGCAAAUCACUCGCUACGUCAGCAAGAGGUGGCCUAAGUUCUUUUGGGUGUCUGCGGCGGCGCCAUUGGUGUCAGUCAUCCUCUCCACUGUCCUGGUCUACCUCAUCGACGGCGAGAAGCACGGCAUUCAAACGAUUGGCUACGUCAAGAAAGGAAUAAAUCCGCUGUCAGUGAAGAGCUUGCUCCUCUCGUCGCCGCACACGUGGCUCACCGCCAAGACCGGGAUCCUCACCGGCAUCAUCGCCCUCGCUGAAGGGAGUGCGGUAGCGAGGAGCUUCGCCAUGUCCAAGAACUACCAUGUCGACGGGAACAAGGAGAUGAUCGCGUUCGGGCUGAUGAACAUGGCGGGGUCCUGCACCUCCUGCUACCUCACCGCGGGCCCCUUCUCACGGUCGGCAGUCAACCGCGACGCCGGGUGCCGGACGGCCGCGUCGAACGCCGUGAUGGCGGUGGCCGUGAUGCUCACGCUUCUCUUCCUGACGCCGCUCUUCCGCCACACACCGAAGGUGGCGCUCGCGGCCAUCAUCGCCUCGGCCAUGCUGGGUGUCGUCGACAUCCGCGCCGCGGAGCGCCUCUGGCAGGUGGACAAGGUCGACUUCUUCGUCUGCCUUGGCACCUUCCUCGGUGUCGUCUUCGGCAGCAUCGAAAUCGGACUCGUCGUCGCGGUUGGGGUUUUGGUUCUCCGGAUCCUGCUGUUCGUUGCGCGGCCGAGGACGACGGCCCUCGGGAAGAUGCCUGACUCAGCGGUCUACCGAAGGAUGGACCAGUACACCAUGGCCAAGGGCGUGCCAGGGGUGCUCGUGCUGCGCAUUGACUCGCCCAUCUACUUUGCCAACGCGAGCUACCUGCGAGAGAGGAUCGCACGGUGGAUCGACGACGAGGAGGACCGGAUCAAGGACCAGAAUGAGGAGAGCUUGUGGUGCGUUGUCCUGGACAUGGGUGCCGUUGCGAGCAUCGACUCGAGCGGGACAAAGAUGGUGGACGAUCUCAAGAAGUACCUCGACAAGAGAAGCAUCCAGAUCGCCCUGGCGAACCCGGGGAGCGAGAUCAUGAGGAAGCUGGACAGUUCGAAGGUGCUCCAGGUCAUCGGCCAUGAGUGGAUCUUCUUGACGGUGGGCGAAGCGUGCGACUACGCGCAGAGUAGUGCUGCAUCUCCUGACGAAAUGGUUUGA